AUGAAAGAACACUUUGACAAAUAUGGUGAGAUUUUGGAGGCUGCUAUCAUCUCCGAUAAGGUCACCGGCAGAUCCAAGGGCUAUGGUUUUGUUACUUUUAAGGAUGCCGAGGCGGCUAAAAAAGCCUGUGAGGACGCCACGCCGAUCAUCAACGGCCGUCGUGCCAACUGCAAUCUGGCAGUGCUUGGAGCCCGCCGCCCUAGGUCCUCCUCCGCGACUCCUCCUCCUCCUCCUCCUCCUCAGCAAGGAGUUAACGUUGGACCAAGGGCUACUUCAACAGCACCUGCGAAUCACGUGCAAUGGUAUUAUCCAGCUGGAGCACCUACACCUCCCACGUUUCAUCAUCAUCAGAACCAUCAAGCUUUUCCUGUCUAUGGGUUUUAA